AUGAUUGAGUCUUACGCCUGGGACAGGCGACGGCAGAUGCUCCUUCGACUGUGCCCGUCUUACAAGUACUAUCUUACGACCCGUCCAGUCUUAGAACUCCAGUCUUACGACUAUCCCGGUCUUACGACUAUCCCGGUCUUACGACUAUCCCGGUCUUACGACUAUCCCGGUCUUACGACUAUCCCGAUCUUACGACUAUCCCGGUCUUACGACUACCCCAGUCUUACGACUAUCCCAGUCUUACAACCUGUAGUCGUCCGACUGGUUUGGCCGUCCGACUACCUUCUCUCGAUCAUAUCGCUCGUAUGA